ACUUCUCUUUACUCAAAAAAAUCAAAAUCUACAAAAUUCAUAGAGAAAUUAGCUAUGGCAGCAGCAACACCCCUGUUGAAAGAUGAGCUUGAUAUUGUGAUUCCCACAAUAAGAAAUCUUGAUUUUUUGGAGAUGUGGAGACCCUUUUUUCAGCCAUACCAUCUGAUUAUUGUUCAAGAUGGUGAUCCUUCAAAGAUCAUUAAGGUCCCUGAAGGAUUUGAUUAUGAGCUUUAUAAUCGAAAUGACAUUAACAGGAUUUUGGGUCCUAAAGCUUCUUGUAUCUCUUUUAAGGAUUCUGCUUGUAGGUGUUUUGGGUAUAUGGUGUCUAAGAAGAAGUAUAUCUACACCAUUGAUGAUGAUUGCUUUGUGGCCAAGGACCCGUCUGGUAAGGAUAUCAAUGCACUUGAGCAGCACAUCAAGAACCUCCUGUGCCCAUCCACACCACACUUCUUCAACACUCUGUAUGAUCCAUACAGAGAUGGUGCAGAUUUCGUCCGUGGCUACCCUUUCAGCAUGCGUGAGGGUGCUCCAACAGCUGUUUCUCAUGGACUGUGGCUCAACAUCCCUGACUACGAUGCUCCCACACAGCUUGUUAAGCCUCAUGAGAGGAACACUAGAUACGUUGAUGCUGUCAUGACGAUUCCAAAAGGCACUUUGUUCCCCAUGUGUGGAAUGAACUUGGCAUUUGACCGUGAUCUCAUUGGACCUGCAAUGUACUUUGGUCUCAUGGGUGACGGUCAGCCAAUUGGUCGUUACGACGAUAUGUGGGCCGGCUGGUGUACCAAGGUCAUUUGUGACCAUUUGGGACUAGGAAUCAAGACUGGUCUGCCCUACAUAUGGCACAGCAAAGCCAGCAACCCAUUCGUUAACCUCAAAAAGGAGUACAAUGGUAUCUUCUGGCAAGAGGAGAUCAUACCCUUCUUCCAGGCUGCAACUCUUUCUAAAGAGUGCACAACCGUUCAGCAAUGCUACCUCGAGCUCUCAAAGCAGGUCAAGGAAAAACUUUCCAAGAUCGAUCCCUAUUUCACCAAGCUAGGAGAUGCCAUGGUCACAUGGAUCGAAGCUUGGGAUGAGCUCAACCCUACUGGGGACAACUUGGCUAAGCUGUCUAUCGCCGAUGGUCCAGCAAAGACUAAAAAGUAGAUGCUAUUUAUAGCUUUUGCUCAUUUUCUUCGACGACUAAGACACUUAUGAGUUAACUAGAACUGGAUUUUACUUGUUUAUCAAUUUACUUGUUUUAAUUUUAGUUGAGGAUUUAGGUUUCAUAUUGCUGCUUCUACUGUUAUGUGGAGCAGCUUUUGAUUGCCUUCUCUGAGACAUCAUAGGAGUAUUUUUAUUUUAUUUAUAUAAGGCUUAGUUCCAAACUUUGAGAUCUUCUAAUAUCAAUAAAUAUGGCUUAGUGCUUUAUGCUUUUAAA